GAAUUUUCUUGCAAGGAACAAUUAACAGCAACUAAUAGCAAAGAGAGUCCAACCUCAUGUCAAUCUUAUGACAAAGUUGAGAUCUGCUGAGUAACAACACCACCAGUGCAUCUAGCUAGCUAUUUCUACCAUUCUCCAAAGAACAGGGGAAGCGGUACGAGUAAAAGCGUUGGAUUAAGGUUGGAGAGGUAUCUAUUAUCCACUAACCAUAUUUUUUGACUUUCUCACACCCAUUUAUAUAUCAAGACCCGAUGCCAUCUUGCACCCCGAGUAUAUCUUUGGACCAGAGGGAACGAAUGUGCACAACAAUAUAUCCAUCAAAUACAUCACAUCAUCAACCCUGCCUAUGAAUUCGUCCGAAUGAUGAAUUGAUCUGGCUACUAUCUCACCAAUACCUUGAUCCCACAAUCGCAGCUUCGGAUCUCGUCUCUGUUUCUCACAAGCGAUUCAUCCAUUCUCUUCACCCCUCUUCACUCCAACCAACAGCAGCAACCCACUCAUCCAUACUCAUCUCAUAAUGUCCUCAAUCGGGGACGCCGAGUUCGAGAAAUUUCCAAUCUCGCCUUCAGAACUCUCGCAUGCUGCAACUGAAUUUGACAAGGAAUUUGCACCCAUCGUAAUUUCACCUCCAGAUACGCCCGCUCCAACAUUGGAUAAGAAACUAAGUCGAUCCAUUUCACUGGCACGAAGGCGCUCUUCGAAUGGAUAUGGUUGCGAUGAUCCGGAAAAUCCUGCGGGCGAUUUUGAAGGUCAAGGAGAUGAAGAGAGAGAUCCUUUCCAGGUGAUUUUUGAUGGUGGCGACAGUGAUCCCAUGUGUCCGAGAAGUAUGGCUCAUGGAAGAAAGUGGUUGGUGGUUAUUAUUGUUAGCGCAAGUUCCUUUUGUGUUACAUGUGCGUCAUCAAUGUAUACUAGUACAUACGCCCAGCUAGAGGAAGAAUUUAAUUGCUCUCGAGAAGUCGCUACGGUUGGACUUUCUAUGUUUAUCCUUGGACUUGGUCUGGGGCCAAUGUUGCUCGGACCUCUUUCUGAAUUCUAUGGUCGUCGCCCGAUAUAUCUUUGCUCCUUUUCUUUCUUCUUACUAUGGCUCAUUCCUUCGGCCGUGGCGCAAAAUAUUCAAACGAUGCUCGUAGCGAGAUUCUUCGCUGGUCUUUCCGGAAGUGCUUUUUUGUCCGUCGCAGGAGGCACAGUGGGAGAUUUGUUCAACCGAGAACAACUUCAAGGUCCUAUGCUACUCUAUACAGCAUCGCCGUUCAUCGGUCCAUCAUUUGGUCCAUUGAUCUCUGGUUUCAUUAACCAAUUCACGUCGUGGCGUUGGACAUUCUACGUUCUCAUCAUCUGGUCAGCGUGCAACUUAAUAUUGAUCUUUUUUCUCGUCCCAGAAACAUACCAUCCGGUUGUCUUGAAAGCCAAAGCUCGUCAGAUUCGAAAGGAGACUGGCGAUGAUCGUUGGUUUGCACCUAAUGAGAGACUCAACAAGUCUAUUCCGAAGACCAUUGGUUACUCCCUACUCAGACCUGGUCAAUUAUUAAUCUUUGAGCCCAUGUGUCUCAACCUUUGCAUAUUUUCGGCCAUCUUGCUCGGUAUCCUCUACCUAUUCUUUGGCGCCUUUCCUCUCGUCUUUGAGGGAAACCAUGGAUUCCAACCAUACCAAGUUGGAUUAACAUUCCUGGGCCUAUUCAUCGGGAUGCUAAUCGCAGCGGCUACUGACCCUUUCUGGCAUAAGAACUAUGUAAGACUGAUCAAUCAGAGAGAAGAAAUGACGGGCGAAGUUGGUGGGUCCGAACCUGAAUAUCGCCUACCUCCAGCUAUUCUAGGAGCCUGUCUCGUUCCUAUCGGUUUAUUCCUCUUUGCAUGGACAACAUAUUCAUCUGUUCAUUGGGUUUUCCCAAUCAUUGGAUCCGGUAUUUUCGGAAUGGGAACCAUUCUUGUCUUUACUGGCGUCUUUACAUUCCUAGUCGAUGCAUAUCCAUUGUAUGCAGCCAGCGCUCUAGCAGCGAAUAGUUUCAUGAGAAGUAGUUUCGGAGCUAUCUUUCCGCUCUUUGGUAUCCAAAUGUAUCACAAGCUCGGCGAUCAAUGGGCAACCACUCUCCUGGCGUUUUUGACGCUGGUCAUGACGCCUUUCCCCUACCUCUUCUUUAAAUACGGGAAGAAGAUCAGGGGACAUAGUCGUUUUGCUACCGCGUGAUGUGACUUUUCAGCAAUACAUGCAACAGCAGUUAAUAUAAAAUAUGAACAUGGGCUCAGAAUCAUUGGGGCCUCGGAGCAAGCACAGAAAGUUUUUGAAAAUAUACCUAGCGAUUGACUUAGUUGGCAUUGCAUGGAUGAAUGGCGUUUUGGGAAAAAGGCAGGAGGGAAGAAUCAGGAUUUGAUUUCUUAUUAAUAAAAAAGACGUUGCGAAUUAACGUUGACGUUGAUGUCGAUGUCGGUGUUGAUGAUUGCUUUGCUUUGUUUCUCGUACCUAGGUAUCUCAUCUAUCUACAUCUAGGAAAUGGACGGAGCUGAGAUCAAUUGUAAUUUAGCAUAUACCCCUCAAAUCAAUCAAAUCAUUUAUUCA